AUGCAUUCAUGCACUCAUGUUUGUUUUAACACUUUUGUUUUCUCCUUUCCAGGUGGUUCACCAGCUGUGAGUAUGAGCUCCAACAACAUGUCCUUAUCCAACCCCAUUUCAACUCAUAGCAUCAUGCCCCAGAGCUCCAGCCUCAUGUCCACCCCCACUGGGACCCGAAUGCCUUCUGUUCCUGCUGCUCGGAGUAUGGGCUGCUAUGGGAACCUUCCUUGCAACCAACCAAGCGCAUACAACGUGACUUCAGGAAUGAACCAAAUGCAGCCACACAGAAACCAAAAUCAAGUUCUGCCCAGUCAAAAUAACCCCAUGAUGUCUCGACAGCAAACCAUGACGCAGGGAAACAACGUAACGGCUUUUGGGACGGGGUCAGUGGUCAACUCACAGCAAGUAAGGCCAAGCUUGAACCAUGGAGCCACAGGUAUCCCUGCACAGAGGCCAGCCAACGUGAUGAUCACGGCUACUGCCACUGCUCAGAACUGGGCCCAGCAAGAAGCUGCAGUGAAGCAGCAGGACGCACUGAAACCCACAGGAGUCCGUUUCCCCACUGGAACUCCAUAUCCUAACCAGUCUUUGCAACGCAAUGUAGGCAACCAGCAUUUUCCUCAGCGUGCAUUGGCACCUCCCAACCAGUUAACAACAGGGGUCCAAAUGAGGCCUCCUCUUAACCAAAUGCACCAGACUUUAAAUGGACAAUCUGCUGGCUCACUACGAGGUCUCAGCAUAAGACCUAACCAGCUGAGAGGACAGACUGUGCCUACCUUGAAUCAGCCAGGAACAAGUAUGACACCUCCAUCAUCUUUGCCAUCAACCAGUUUCACAUCUACCAACCAAAACUCUCGGGCUUACCAAGGAAGUGACCAUGGUAAUGACCUAGCGUUUGACUUUCUGAACCAGCAAGGUGACAGUAUAGGACCUGCACUCAACAGUGACUCAGACUUUAUAGAUUCUUUACUGAAAACAGAACCUGGUAAUGAUGACUGGAUGAAAGACAUCAAUCUUGAUGAAAUUUUGGGGAACCACUCAUAA